AUAAAAAAACCUCUAUGCGGAAAUAACGAGGGUCACCUCUGAUCUUAGAGAGUUUUCAUUAGGGUUUCGUCUGAUUUUCUUCCUUUUCUUGAGGGAUCUGAGCUGGGAGAUCGAAGAUGGCGCAAGAAGGUGUUCGAUUAAAGGGAGUAGUAAAGUGGUUUAACGGAAGCAAGGGAUUCGGAUUCAUCACGCCGGAUGAUGGAGGGGAAGAUCUGUUCGUGCAUCAGUCCUCCAUUAAGGCGGAUGGCUUCCGAACGCUGGCCGAUGGAGAGCCGGUCGAAUUCGUAAUCGCUGAGUCCGAGGACGGACGGACUAAGGCUGUUGACGUCACUGGACCCGACGGUGAGUUUGUUCAAGGCGGCAACGCUUCCGGCGGAGGCGGUGGAGGUGGAGGUGGUGGUGGAGGUGGCCGGAGGGAUGGAUACGGUGGUGGAGGUGGACGAGGUGGUGGAAGAUUUGGAGGUAGUGGAUACGGGUUCAACGGAGGCAGCGGCGGAGGAGGCAGGGGAGGAGGAUGGAGGGGCGGCGAAGGGGGUGGAUAUGGUGGUGGUGGAUAUGGUGGCGGAGGUGGCGGUGGAGGUGGAUCGUGCUAUAACUGUGGUGAGCCAGGGCAUCUUGCGCGGGAUUGUUACAAGGGCAGCGGUGGCGGCGGCGGCGGGAGAUUUGGCGGCGGCGGCGGCGGUGGACGGUAUGGUGGAGGCGGCGGUGGCGGCGGUGGUGGCGGUUGUUACAACUGUGGAGAAUCCGGGCAUUUCGCGAGAGAGUGCCCUGCUGGACCGAAGUGAGAGUUUUAUCCAUAUCCAUUUACCCUUUUUCCUUUGCUUUGUUAGGUUGGUCUUGUAGUUUGAUGAUAUGCGAUGUUGUACCUCGUGUUUUACUUGUAUUUUUUGUGCUGUUCGCUCUUCAAGGGCAUUGAAAUUGUCUUUUUUUUGGCUUGGACUUAUCAUGUGAUUUGGUUUUGCUUAGUUUCUGUUCAUUUUUGGUGAUGGUUGAAUUUAUUUUUGACAAUGGAAUGUGUAUAAUAUAAGUUCUUUCAAUGA